CGCGCCGCAGCCGUCGCCUGCUGCCUCUUCCUCAGCCCUGCUGCCUCUUCCGCGCUACACGUGGGCGCACCCGCCGACAAGGGCCGCCGCCGCAGAUACUUUGUCCAUUGUGAGAAUGUAAGAUGGAUCCAGAAGAGCAGGAGCUAUUAAAUGAUUACAGAUACAGAAAUUACUCUUCAGUGAUUGAAAAGGCUUUAAGAAAUUUUGAGUCCUCAAGUGAAUGGGCAGAUCUCAUAUCUUCUCUUGGCAAGCUCAACAAGGCUCUUCAGAGUAACCUGAGGUAUUCCUUGUUGCCAAGACGGCUCCUUAUCAGCAAGAGAUUAGCCCAGUGUUUGCAUCCUGCCCUGCCCAGUGGUGUGCACUUAAAAGCCCUAGAAACCUACGAGAUUAUCUUUAAAAUUGUGGGGACCAAAUGGCUGGCCAAGGACUUGUUCCUGUACAGCUGUGGAUUAUUUCCUCUACUGGCGAACGCGGCCAUGUCAGUGCGGCCCGUGCUGCUUGGCCUGUACGAGAAAUACUUCCUCCCACUGCAGAAGCUGCUCCUGCCCAGCCUCCAGGCCUUCAUUGUUGGCCUGCUGCCUGGCCUUGAGGAGGGCUCUGAGAUCUAUGACAGAACAGAUGCGCUGCUCCUGCGACUGUCCCUUGUGGUGGGCAAGGAGGUGUUUUACGCGGCUCUUUGGGGGAGUGUCCUGGCAAGCCCAUCCAUCCGCCUUCCCGCCUCACUCUUUGUGGUGGGCCACAUAAACAGGGACUCGCCUGGCAAGGAGCAGAAGUACAUGCUGGGGACCGAUCAUCAGCUCACGGUAAAAUCUUUAUGUGCAUCACUGUUGGACUCAAAUGUUCUUGUGCAAAGAAAUAAUCUGGAAAUUGUUCUGUUUUUUUUCCCAUUUUAUACCUGUCUGGAUUCCAAUGAGAGAGCCAUCCCCCUGCCCAGAUCUGAUAUUGUACACAUUCUCUCAGCCGCCACCCAGACCCUCCUGAGAAGGGAUAUGUCUCUGAACAGAAGACUCUAUGCAUGGUUACUAGGUUCAGACAUUAAAGGAAAUACCAUUGUGCCAGAAUCUGAAAUCUCAAGUUCUUACGAAGACCAAUCCUCUUAUUUUUUUGAAAAAUACUCCAAGGAUCUUUUAGUUGAGGGCCUGGCUGCAAUAUUGCAUCAGAAGUUCUCAGACGCCGAUGUCGAGGAGCGCCAUCACGCAUACCUGAAGCCUUUUCGCAUCCUUGUCAGUCUGCUUGACAAACCAGAGAUAGGGCCUCAAGUGGUUGGGAAUUUGUUUCUCGAAGUCAUCAGAGCAUUUUAUUCCUAUUGUAGAGAUGCCCUUGGUUCUGAUCUUAAACUUAGCUACACUCAGAGUGGAAAUUCACUGAUAAGACCAGUGAAGCAGAGUUAUGCUGUCAGAAAAAGCAUCAGCGCCCCCCCCACAGUCUCAGAGCUCUGCACCCUCCUCGUGUUCCUUCUGGACGUGAUUCCCUUGGAACUUUACUCUGAGGUACAAACCCAGUACCUCCCACAGGUGCUCAGCUGCCUAGUGCAGCCUCUUGCUGAGGAUGUGGAGGCCUUAAGCUUACCUGAACUCACACAUGCCCUGAAGACCUGUUUCAAGGUGCUCAGCAAAGUCCAAAUGCCGCCUUCCUACCUAGACAUGGAGUCCCCAAGUGGAAGCUCGAGUCCAGUAAAAGGUGAAAAUGGUGAAAUAAUUUUGGAAACAAAAGCAGUGAUUCCAGGUGAUGAAGACACUUCGUUCCCCACCCUGAAAUCUGAGGACAGUGGGAUUGGGCUCAGUGCCUCGUCGCCAGAGCUCUCUGAGCACCUGAGGUUUCCUCGCAUUUCUCCGGAAAGAGACGACGUUUGGAAGAAAGGUGGGAGUAUGCAGAGGACGUUUCUUUGCAUCCAGGAGCUAAUUGCAAACUUUGCCAGCAAGAACAUUUUUGGAGCACAGCUAGCAGCGUCUGGAGAAGAAAGCAAGUCCAGAGAGCCCACAGGGAAGGAGGACAAGGGUGGGACCCAGAGUCUGGUGGCUGAUGACUGCAGCAGGAAGAACUCCUGGGAGGCCAAGCCCAUCACUGUGCCCCAGUUUAAGCAGAUGCUUUCAGAUUUGUUCACAGCACGAGGGUCUCCAUUUAAGACAAAAAGUUUGGAGUCACCAUCCUCUUUGCCCAGCAGCCCCAGCAGCAAAAAGGGGGGAGAAUGGGAUGUUGACCAGGUAGUCAUUGACCUGGGAGGCUCCAGGGAGGACUGCAGGGAAGCCUUUGCUGCCUCCUGCCACCUGCUACUGGACUGUGCCACCUUCCCAGUCUACCUGUCCGAGGAAGAGACAGAGCAGCUCUGUGAAACGCUCUUCCAGCUUCCAGGAACCAGUGAUUCCAGUUUUCCAUCUUGGCUGAAAUCCCUCAUGACCAUUUGCUGCUGUGUGACUGACUGCUACCUCCAGAACGUGGCCAUCUCCACUCUGCUGGAAGUGAUAAACCAUUCCCAGUCCCUAGCACUUGUCAUUGAAGACAAGAUGAAACGCUAUAAAAGCUCUGGGCACAACCCAUUUUUUGGCAAGCUACAGAUGGUAACAGUUCCUCCCGUUGCUCCUGGGAUAUUGAAAGUCAUUUCAGAGAAAACAGACUUCUAUCAGAGGGUGGCUCGUGUGCUAUGGAAUCAGCUGAACAAGGAGACCCGGGAGCAUCACAUCACCUGUGUGGAAUUGUUCUACCGGCUGCAUUGCCUAGCCCCGACGGCCAACAUCUGCGAGGACAUCAUCUGUCAUGCCCUCCUGGACCCUGACAAGGGAACAAGAUUGGAAGCUUUGUUUAGAUUUUCUGUGAUCUGGCACCUGACGAGAGAGAUCCAAGGCAGUCGAGUGACGUCUCACAAUCGCUCCUUUGACAGGUCCUUGUUCGUGGUGCUGGACAGCCUGGCAUGCCCGGAUGGUGCCAUCGGAGCAGCGGCCCAAGGCUGGCUGGUGCGCGCAUUGUCCCUCGGGGAUGUGGCACGCAUCCUUGAACCCAUGCUCCUGCUACUGCUCCAGCCCAAAACUCAGAGAACCUCCAUCCACUGCCUCAAGCAGAACUCAGCUGAGGACUUGCAUCGUUGGUUUAACAGGAAGAAAAGCUCUUUCAAAGAAGUAUGUGGAGGGCCUGAGCUUCGGGAAGGUGGCUCUGAAGAACACCUGCCUCUGAGCCAGUUCACCACGGUUGACCGUGAAGCCAUUUGGGCCGAAGUGGAGAAGGAGCCAGAGAAGUGCCCGCCGAUAAGCGAGCUGAGCGAGGAGGAGCUGCCCUACUAUGUGAACCUUCCAGAUAGGACAGCCCAUGGCGCCCCAGACAGUAGCGAGCACACCGAGUCUGCAGACACCAGCCCCGGCCACACAGACAGUGAGAAUACAUCCUCCUUUUCCUCCCCGUCCCACGACCUGCAGGGGCUGAGCAGUGACGAGAACUGUUGUGCACCCAUCCCCAUGGGGGGCAGGGCACACCCCAAGCGCUCCGCCCUGCUGGUAGCCUCGCAGUCGGAGAGCUUUAGGUCCAAUGCCAAGUUAAGCCUGGUGCGUGUGGACUCGGACAAGACCCAGGCUUCAGAGUCAUUUUCCAGUGAUGAGGAGGCUGACUUGGAGCUGCAGGCCCUCACCACGUCCAGGCUGCUGAAGCAGCAGAGGGAGAGGCAGGAGUCAAUCGAGGCCUUGUUCAAGCACAUCCUGCUCUAUCUGCAGCCCUAUGACUCGCGGCGGGUCCUUUACGCCUUCUCGGUGCUGGAGGCCGUGCUCAAAACCAACCCUAAGGAGUUUAUUGAGGCCGUGUCCAGGACCAGCAUGGACACCAGCUCCACUGCACACCUCAACCUCAUCUCCAAUCUCCUUGCCCGCCACCAGGAGGCCCUCAUUGGCCAGAGCUUCUACGGAAAACUCCAGACUCAGUCCCCCAACGUGUGCCCCCACUCUCUGCUGAUCGAGCUCGUCACCUACCUUUGCCUGAGUUUUCUACGCUCCUACUACCCUUGUUAUUUAAAGAUCUCCCACCGAGACAUACUCGGAAACCGGGAUGUACAGGUCAAAAGUGUUGAGGUUUUGAUUAGAAUAAUGACGCAGUUGGUGUCAGUGGCCAAGUCUUCUGACGGGAGGAGCAUGGAGUUCAUCAAUAGCUUACUCCAGAGGUGCAAAGUGCAGGAGUUUGUGCUGCUCUCACUGUCAGCAUCCAUGUACACGAGCCAGAAGCGCUAUGGGCUGGCCGCUGCUGGCCCGGGAAGGGCCCCACAGGAGGACAUCCUCUUUGAGGAGAGUCUCAUCCAUCUGGGUCAGGACCAGAUCUGGAGUGAGCACCCACUGCAGAUCGAGCUGCUCAAGCUCCUGCAGGUGCUGAUUGUCCUGGAGCAUCACCUGGGUCAGGUCCAAGAGGAGGCCGAAAACCAGCCAGACCUGUCCCGGGAGUGGCAGAGGGCCCUGAACUUCCAGCAGGCCAUCAGCGCCACACAGUAUGUGCAGCCCCAUCCCCUCACCUCCCAGGGCCUGCUGGUCUCUGCCGUGGUGAGAGGCCUGCAGCCCGCCUAUGGAUAUGGCAUGCACCCGGCCUGGGUGAGCUUGGUCACGCAUUCCUUGCCAUACUUCGGAAAGUCCCUGGGCUGGACAGUGACCCCUUUCAUUGUCCAGAUUUGCAAAAACUUGGAUGAGCUGGUCAAGCAGUAUGAAAGCGAAUCUGUGAAGCUCUCCAUCAGCACAACCUCCAAGAGGGAAAACAUUUCUCCGGAUUAUCCACUCACUCUUCUGGAAGGUCUGAUGACCAUUAGUCAUUUUUGUCUUUUGGAACAACCCAACCAAAACAAAAAGAUCACUGCCGUAGGUGAUCCGGCCAACUUGAGAAAUGCCAAGAAUGCCAUUCUGGAAGAGCUGCCUCGAAUUGUUAAUACCAUGGCCCUUCUCUGGAAUGUUCUCAGGAAAGAGGAGACUCAAAAGAGACCCGUUGAUCUACUUGGAACCACGAAGGGAUCCUCUUCUGUUUACUUUAAAACCACCAAAACCAUAAGACAGAAAAUUUUAGACUUCCUAAACCCCUUGACAGCCCAUCUUGGGGUACAGUUAAUAGCUGCUGUUGCAGCUGUGUGGAGCAGAAAGAAAGCUCAACGACAGAGUAAGAUGAAGAUUGUCCCGGUGGCCAGCACCUCCCAGCUCACCCUUGUUGACCUGGUUUGUGCGCUUAGCACUCUGCAGACUGAUGCCGUGCUGCACCUGGUGAAGGAGGUGGCAAAGAGGCCACCACAAGUCAGAGCAGGGGAUGAGAAAUUGCCCCUAGUGGAUAUUCCUGUGUUGCAGUUUUGCUAUGCUUUUAUCCAAAGGCUACCAAUACCAACCUUGCAAGAGAACUUUCCUUCGUUGCUGGGAGUAUUGAAGGAAUCUGUCCAGUUGAAUCUAGCUCCACCUGGGCAUUUUCUGCUUCUCAGCAUGCUGAAUGACUUUGUGACAAGAACUCCCAACCUGGAAAGCAAGAAGGAUCAAAAAGACCUGCAGGAAAUCACUCAAAAAGUCCUAGAAGCUGUGGGAAACAUUGCUGGCUCUUCCUUGGAACAAACCAGCUGGCUAAGCAGAAACCUGGAAGUAAAGGCCCAGCCUCAGGUCUCUCUAGAAGAAUCUGAUGCUGAGGAAGAUUUGUACGAUGCUGCUGGAACCUCAGCAAUGGUGUCAGCAUCUACCCCUUCGGUGUACAGCGUGCAAGCCCUCUUUCUCCUGGCAGAGGUGCUGGCUUCUCUCCUGGACAUGGUUUACCGAAGUGAUGAGAAGGAGAAAGCAGUGCCAUUAAUCUCCCGUCUGCUUUAUUACGUUUUUCCUUACUUACGCAAUCACAGCGCCUACAACGCCCCCAGCUUCCGGGCCGGCGCCCAGCUACUGAGUGCCCUGAGCGGCUAUGCCUACACAAAACGAGCCUGGAAAAAAGAAGUGCUGGAGUUGUUUUUGGACCCUGCUUUCUUCCAGAUGGAUACUUCUUGUGUUCAUUGGAAGUCCAUUAUUGACCAUCUUCUGACUCAUGAGAAAACCAUGUUUAAAGAUUUAAUGAACAUGCAGAGCAGUUCUUUAAAACUGUUCUCCAGUUUUGAGCAGAAAGCCAUGCUGUUAAAGCGCCAGGCUUUUGCUGUCUUCAGUGGAGAACUUGAUCAAUACCACCUUUACCUUCCUCUUUCCUUAGAACGCCUGACAGACAAUCUCAGAGUUGGACAGACACCCACAGUUGCUGCUCAGAUGUUUCUUUUUUUCAGAGUUUUGCUGUUAAGAAUAUCUCCUCAACAUUUGACUUCAUUGUGGCCAAUAAUGGUCUCUGAAUUGAUUCAGACAUUUACACAGCUUGAAGAGGAUCUGAAAGAGGAAGAUGAAUCAUUGAGAAACAGCAACAAAAUAAACAGAGUCAAAGUUUCAGUCCCAGAUGGAAAUGGGCCCUCAAUGGGGGAGAUACCCCAGAGUGAAUUCACCUUAUAUUUAUCAGCUUGCAAGUUCUUGGACACAGCACUUUCUUUUCCACCUGACAAGAUGCCACUGUUUCAAAUUUACAGGUGGGCAUUUGUUCCAGAAGUGGACACAGAGGGCCAUGCCUUCCUGUCAGAUCUGGAGGAGAAUCACCAAGAAUGCAAACCCCACACUGUUAGGAUUCUAGAACUUCUAAAAUUAAAAUAUGGGGAAAUUAGCAGCUCUGAUGAGGUCACUGUGAAGAGUGAAUUCCCUCUUCUGCGCCAGCAUUCUGUUUCCAGCAUUAGUCAGUUGAUGCCAUUCUUCAAGACUCUAAAUUGUGCUUUUAAAACCCAAAGUCAGCUGCCCACUGAUGCCACCAGAGCACCUUUACACUUUCCAGUCACGGAUAACCCAAGCAUCUUGAAACAACUGGAAGAAUAUGUUGAAUAUGAUUUUUUGGAACAUUCAGAAUGUUAACUUUAUGAGAGAAUUUGUUAAAUCCAUUUAUUGAUACUUUAAUGAAAACCUGGUUAUAUUCUAAACAAGAAAGGAGGCCACAAUAGUGCUUUUAAACAAGUCUGUUUCAAUUUUGAAAGUAUAUUUCAGACAAUUUUCUUUUUGGCAACAAAUACACUUCCCUAAUGCCUUGUAAUAUAUUUGGAUCUGAUUCUGUUUCUUCCUCAAUUUAUGUAGUGAAAAUAAAAUUAAUAUAUCAUCUAACAGUAGCACAAAACUUGUAAUAUGAAGUAAAGUAUAAAGAGAAUGAAGAAGUCGUUUUCUUUGUUGAAGGAGAUAUCUGGGUCUUUCCCAGUAUAUUUCUCUGGAAGCUUAAACUUAUUAAAAGAAUAUUAUUUUAACAA